UCUUCUACCCCAGCGCAGCUCCGACUCUCCGCUCUGACCAGCUCAAGUCUGGUUCUGAUGAAGACUACGGAAGAACCGAACCCUUCCAGAGCCGAGUGAUAGCUCAAACUAACACAGCUGCCUCCGCUCUCGAACACCCACCACUUGGCACUUGAUGUUGUCGUCUCCCCAGGAGCCUUGUCACUCCGUUUCUCCGCCACAUCUCGGCGGCUUGGACGCGAACUAACGGACCUGGCUCGGGAGAGAUGUGCGGGAACCGCUGGCGUCUCUGGAGGAGGCUCUCCCGCGCUCACAGCUAGUUUCUUUCCAAGAGGCGAGGAAUGCGAUCUGAGCAUCGAUGUUUCACUGGGGCAAGUGGAAGAAGAGGAUGGGAGCCAACAGUUCUUCGAAGAGACCCGUGUUCGACGAGAAGGAGGAUGUGAACUUUGACCACUUCCAGAUUCUGCGGGCCAUCGGGAAGGGCAGCUUCGGAAAGGUGUGCAUCGUGCAGAAGAGGGACACGGAGAAGAUGUACGCCAUGAAGUACAUGAACAAACACCAGUGCAUCGAGCGAGACGAGGUCCGAAACGUCUUUAGAGAGCUUGAGAUCCUUCAGGAAAUUGAACAUGUUUUUUUAGUAAAUCUCUGGUACUCCUUCCAGGAUGAGGAGGACAUGUUCAUGGUGGUGGACCUCCUGCUGGGGGGGGACCUCCGCUACCACCUGCAGCAGAACGUGCAGUUCAGCGAGAGCGCCGUCAAACUCUACCUGUGCGAGAUGACGCUGGCGCUGGACUACCUGCAGAGUCAGCACAUCAUCCACAGAGACGUCAAGCCGGACAACAUCCUGCUGGACGAACAAGGUCACGCUCACCUGACGGACUUCAACAUUGCCACCAUCAUCAAGGACGGAGAAAGAGCCACAGCCUUAGCGGGAACCAAACCAUACAUGGCGCCAGAGAUCUUCCAGUCCUUCCUCAGCGGAGGGACCGGCUAUGCCUUUGAAGUGGACUGGUGGUCACUCGGGGUGACGGUCUUCGAAGUGCUGCGGGGCUGGAGACCCUACGACAUCCACACCAGCAACUCAGUGGACUCUCUGAUCCAGCUCUUCAGCACCGUCAGCGUCCAGUAUAGCCCCGCCUGGCCUAAAGACCUGGUCUCUCUCAUGAGGAAGCUCCUGACCGUGAACCCAGAGCAUCGUUUCUCCAGCCUGACGGACAUGCAGACCGCUCCCUACCUCGCCAACAUCAACUGGGACGCCGUGUACGAAAAGAAGAUGGAAGCUGGUUUCGUUCCAAACAAAGGUCGCCUCCACUGCGACCCCACCUUUGAGCUGGAGGAGAUGAUCCUGGAGUCCCGACCGCUUCACAAGAAGAAGAAAAGACUGGCCAAGAAUCGCUCCAGAGACAACAGCAAGGACUCGCAGUCUGAGAACGAUUAUCUCCAGGAGUGCCUUGAGGUGGUGCAGCAGGAGUUCAUGAUCUUCAACCGUGAGAAGUUAAAAAGGCGGCAGGAGGAGGGCCAGUGUGAGGCCGGCAGCGAAGAGCCCAGCGGCGAUGGAGACGCCGAAGCCGCCGGCACCGACGACGACGCACCUGAGCCGGACCCCAAUCCCGAGCCGGAACCCGAAUCGUCCUCCAAGCUGAGCAUGUGCGGCUCAGUGUGCUCCUCCCCGGGCAGCUGCUAGCAUCGCGCGCGUCUCCCCGGCACACGCUAGUGUCCGUGCCAACAGAUACAUUCUCACCACGCCGCUCCAUCGUAGCCAGGAAGCUGCCGGAACGAGCCACGCACACGGAAAACAAACCGGCUUCUGUCGUCUCCUUUACUCCUCUGUAGCUCGGGUCCAGCAUGAGAGAUUUCUUAGCUAAACUUCUAUGCAAUGUUGCCGCGCAGCGAUGACACCAGGAAGUGAGCGCCGCCAUGAUGAUGACGAUGACAUCCGGAGCAAUAGCCAUCUUUGGUGGAGAUGGCUUCCCUCUCUGCCUUCAGACGGGGACACCUGAAUAAUUCAACACAGCUAGUGCUCUGUCUUCAGCUCUCUCUCUCACACACACAUGUCCGAAUGCACAACCAUGGCUUGUCAUCGUGUGUGUGUGUGCGUGUUGGUGUGUGAGAGCAUGCGACACACCAGGUUUAGCAUUUGUUUAUCCUCAGCGGAGGUUUAGUAGCGCGACCUGGUCUGGGUGGGAGGCUUCUGAGGGUAUUGAGUGGGAAGCCCCGGUCAAAGAAGGGCCUCGCUUUGUUGUCGCCGCCCAGUUUUGGGUUUUCACACACAGAAUUUGGAGGUUGGUCAGUGUGAAUUACAGUGUGUAGCAGUUGGAGAUACUUUGGGGCUCUGGUCUGUCAAAGUCUUGUUCAACGGUGAAGAGGUGUCACGGUGAAGCUAACCAGGACGCAGCCAACUUAAGUGGCGACGGGAGCCCGAUUACAAAGACUAUUAUUUGGUUUCCUCUUGUGCUCCGUUGACUUGUUUUGUUAUUUUUCAGCCUGUCACGUCACUGGUGCUAUGUUCACAGUCACAAGCACAAAUCCGUGUUGAAACUCAAACUGAAUCUCUUGACCUCCAAGCAAAAGCGGAAUUUUUUCCCCACCGUUUUUAUCAUUUUCACCUCUAGUUUUCAUUCAUUUUUGUCUGUGUCGAUCUAUGAUGGACGACUUCAUAGUCGGGUUCCCGUGAAGGCUGUCACGUUCCUGUUGCCUCGGUAACCAGAAGCUCAUUCAUCCACCUGACACUCGAAUCUCAGCCAGCGUCUCAGAGGCUGAUUUUGAAGGACGGAUGUUAGAUUCCUUCAGCCGUUGUAUCCCCUGAUCGAUGCUUCAGCGGCUAAAGCUGUUGCCAUGGAAACCGAAAACACAAGUCCUAUCCUUCAACUGUGGAUGUUUUCCCGAGACGACUACACUCCAUCCUCUCCCGCCAUAAGGGCGGUGGAGAACAGACUGAAGGCAGCGCGGCGUUGUGCGAACAUGUAGCAAAGGUCCACUUCGAAACCUUACUAGCCUAAUAAGCUAAAAUAAAAAACACACAUGUAAAUAGAGUCGGUACUGAAACUCACCACAGUUUUAUGUGGGACGUGAGCAGAAGAGCCCGUGUGAAAUGGAUCCUUCAUGCCGUCCGUGCCGCUCUUCGCUCCAAGUGUGCGGGCACAACUUGUAGGCAAUCGAUGCCAAAGCUUUUCUACCAUUGACAUGAUCAUUGCCGAGGAACUGAGAGUGCGUUCGUCUUUUUUCUUUGCAAACCAACAUUCCUCCCUCAACACGGAUCAUUUCUACGAUCGUGUUGGGUUAACUGCAGAAAACAAAGUUACAACACAUUUCAGGAACUGUCAUUGGUUCUUAUUGCAUUACGAAUCCCUAUGAUUAGCUUAGCGUAGCUUAACCAGUGUCUGGCUAUAGUUAUACAGCUGUUAUGAUGAAUUUAAAUGAGAUUAUUCAAAGCCAGGAUAAUUGCCACUAAAGAUUCAUCUGUCCAACCGUGAACAAAGUUAGAAACUUUGUGUCGAAGCAGUUCCACCUUCAUCCAGUUUUGACGAUAAGCUAGGUGAAGCUAGCCAGAGACAGCCUGAGCUACGCGUAGCUCCCUAAGCUAGGCUAAUGGCCGCGCUGCUCCUGUUGUGUAUCAUCAAUUUGUCACUCAUUCUCUGACACCGAGUGUACUUUCCAAAAGCUUCUUAUCGAAUUAAGAGAUUAAUCUUCUCACUGAAGCCGUCGACUUGAUGUUAAGAUUCCGGACGGUGAUUUCCAGCUGCAUCUUCCUGAUCUGCCGAAGCGACUCAGACUGCCUGUGCUACUCUGCAUGUACCUUUACAGUAUUCGCCUGUUGCUGCCAAAAGCCUGGAGAAGUGCAUGCACACGCGGCGCGAGUGUUGUGAACUGUAGCUGUACUCAAUCGUAUAAUCGGCAUGAAAAUCUUUCAGAACCUGUGGGAGGAUGCAGGCUGAGGUGUAAUUAUUUGUGUAAUAUCUGAGCUCCAGUUCCUCGUAGCUUCUGAGUCUGAAACCUGUGGCUUCGUUCCUUGAAGCUGGCUCUGGAUGGGACAGUGUCUCCUUCACGUGUUCAUGAAUGCCAUUUCUCCCUGGAGGCUCCGCGGCGACCUGCGACAGCACGUCUCCUCCACUGUCCACGUCGAAGCCCUGAGGAGGUGAAGGAACGGACUCCUGCUGCUCCCCUCUCCUCUCUUGGCCCAGUGUGAUUCUAUUUUGCAUAAUGGUGUUGUGCGGCGAGAUUUAUGACGGCUGUAAAAACGUAUUAAAAAAGAAAGUCUGGAAGUGUUCCGUUUGUGUUUGACAACAUGCUGCUUUGCUGCUUUGAUAAAGAAAAACCUGGAUUGAGCGUCGUG